GUUUUAUUUCUGCUUCCAUCAAAGUAACUCUCAAUCGAAAUACAAAAUUCUUACAAGAUCAUAAAGAAAUUAAAAUACCAAAAGAAAUGCCACAAAUUAAUAUCGAAAAUAUUUAUACGCAUAAUUGUAAUAGUGUAAAAUUAGAAGUUUUAAUUAAAUAA